AUGUUAAAAUGCCCCCCAAAGCUUCCAAAAAAGUUGCAGGCAUAAUCCUAAGAAGCAGAAAAACCAUUAUGAAGGAUGGUUUCAUUUCAUCGGGAAUUGGAGAACCAAGCAUAUACCAUGCUUUAGUUGUGAUCUUCUUGGAAUUUUUUGCUUGGGGUCUCUUGACCUCUCCAAUGAUAACAGUUUUAAACGAAACAUUUCCUAGCCAUACAUUUCUUAUGAAUGGACUUAUUGUUGGAAUAAAAGGUUUACUAUCUUUUUUGAGUGCUCCUCUUAUAGGAGCAUUAUCAGAUGUAUGGGGAAGAAAGUUAUUUUUAUUGCUUACAGUAUUUUUUACUUGUGCUCCAAUUCCUCUUAUGAAAAUCAAUACUUGGUGGUAUUUUGCAAUGAUUUCAAUAUCGGGAGUAUUUGCAGUAACAUUCUCUGUAGUAUUUGCAUAUGUUGCUGAUGUAACAGAAGAACAAGAAAGGAGUGCUGCUUAUGGCUUGGUGUCGGCUACCUUUGCAGCUAGCCUUGUCACAAGCCCAGCAUUGGGUGCCUAUCUUGGAAAACUCUAUAAUGAUAAUUUGGUUGUGGCUCUAGCAUCAGCUGUUGCUAUUCUAGAUGUAUUUUUCAUUAUGGUAGCUGUUCCAGAAUCUUUGCCUGAAAAAUUUAGGCCUGCUUCUUGGGGUGCUCCAAUAUCCUGGGAGCAGGCUGAUCCAUUUUCGCAAUUAAGAAAAAUGGGUAAAGAUAAAAUGAUCUUGAUGCUUUCCAUUGCAGUCUUUCUUUCUUACCUUCCAGAAGCAGGGCAAUAUUCUUGCUUCUUUGUAUACUUGAGACUUAUCAUGGGGUUUUCUGCUGAUGAAGUAGCAUUAUUUAUUGCAAUAGUCGGGUUAUUGUCUGUGAUUGCUCAGACUGCAUUUUUAGCAAUGUUGAUGAAGACUAUAGGACCUAAGCACACCAUAAUGGUAGGCCUGUUAUUUGAAAUGUUACAACUCAUGUGGUAUGGAUUUGGUUCACGAACAUGGAUGAUGUGGGCUGCUGGAGUUUUAGCAUCUGUUUGCAGUAUAACAUAUCCUGCCAUAAGUUCAUUUGUUUCAACUCAUGCUGAUGCUGACAAGCAAGGAUUGGUUCAAGGCAUAAUAACAGGAAUGAGAGGUUUAUGUAAUGGGCUUGGACCAGCACUUUAUGGUUUCAUUUUUUAUCUUUUUCACGUUGAUUUAAGUGAGGAUAUCAAUGAAAGUUCUAUACCAAAUAUGCGUGGCUUCAUUCAUGGUGCGAAUGGCACCUUAUUUAUACCUGAAGAGCCUCGGCUUAUUCCUGGGCCUCCAUUUGUUUUUGGAGCUUUGUUAGUGAUCUGUGCUCUAUUAGUAGCUGCCUUCAUUCCAGAGAAUAAGAACUGCGGAGGUGGAACUCGAACUUCCAAUCACCACUCUGAUUCUUCGCCUAGCCCCACCCUUCAAUCUACCAAAUCAUCCACCGAUGCUUUUCACUUUGAAAUAAUCCACAAGCGAUCCGACGGAUCUCAGCCUCUAAUGCAAGACACAGAGCCUUUAUAGCAAUCACUGCAACGCCAAUGUUGGCGUUUCUCUAAAGAUAAAUCUGCACCUCUAGAAGAAACUGCUGUUUGAGAUUUUCACUGCAGACAGUGUUAAUUUAAAAAUGAGACUAGAUCAAUAUUCUCUGCUUCCAAUCCUAAGGUUGGAAAAAAGGAAAUAAAAAUUUUAAAGAAGACACUAUGGUUGUGCCUGAGCUGUAUGUGUUGUGUUGCAUUCUUCCAGAGUAUAUAUUGAAGAGUAUUUUCCAGUUUAGUCGCUGAAAAAUAUUUGAAUUUACGUUGAACCAAUCAUGACAACAUAGAAACACAUUCCUGUGAUUUUUUUUAAUGUUGUAUUUUUGAAAAUUUGUUGAAAGUCCUUUUCUUUUUACAUGUCAGUAUAUUUGUUUGUAAUGUAGAAUUAUAUAUAAAUAUAUAGAUAUACUGUGUUUCAAUUUUCAAAGCCAGUAUGUACCUUAGCAAUCACUGUAAAUUUAAAGUGUUUUGAAAGCAAAAUAAAUAAAAAGAUUUUUAGAACUGAAACUUCCACUUCACAUUUUCAGAUUGUUCAAAGAAAAGACUUAGCACUUUAUAGCUUAUAUCUUGAUACAGAAGACAAGUAUAUUGCUAUUAUUGAAACACUUGCUUUAAAGAAAGAUGGCAAAGUAUGUAAUGGAGAUGUUACUUGUUCUAUAUAAAAAGAACUCACUAAUCUGACAUAAAAUUUUCUAAUGCAUUCCGCAAAUAUGCCUUUUUAUAUAUGCAUUCUGUUCAUUUACAAAACAAUUUAGGAAUGAGUUAAUACUCAGAUAAUCAAAGUUCAAAAUAAGCUUAAAUAAUUGCGAGAGAAGUGUGCCAAAAGUUGAAAAAAAGUGGCCCUAUAGAGCUAUGUUUGUUACUGCAAUACUCUCAUAAAUUGUUACUGUUAGUGUUUUGGUGAUGGCAUGCAUACAUUCUAAUGUAUAACUUAGGUGUAUGAUCUUUUCAUCUUAAAACUGGGGUGAUAAAGAUUUUUUUAAGUACUUGUAAACUUGUUUUUAAUACAUGUGAAGAAAAAUGGCCAUCCUUAAGUAGAAAGUUCUUACUAAAUAUAGACUGGAAAGCGAAAUGACAUAAUCUAAUGUGAUUUAAAACAAGUCUUACUGAAAAGUUACUGAUUAAACUAUAAAGUUGAAAGAAAAAUUCUUCAUUUUAUGAUGAAAAGUAUUUGUAAAAUUUAUAUUCAAUUUAUAUUUUAGCAUUAUUUUAUAAGUUUAUUAGCUAAAUAAUUUUGCGUGUCUGUGAUAUAAUUUUUUUAUUAUUAUUAUUAAAACCUCUUAAGUGUUCACAUAAUUUUUUUU